UCGUGUCCAUGCACACAAUUUUAGGGGAAACGCAUUAAUAGCUUAAGCUAAAGCAACUAUCUUAGCUUCUCCCAAAUAUGGCUUCCACUAAUGUUUUAGGUGAUGAAGAAAGCCAGCUUUCUAAUGGGACUAAUAGAGUUCAACCUUACUCUGCGACACCAAAAAGCAGGACUAUUGAUGAUGAGGGAAAGAAGCAAACUUCUCUCUCAGUAUCUCAAAGGCUUGGCAUUGCUGACUUCUUUUCUUUGGAUGUAUGGCGAGCAUCGGUUGGAGAACUACUAGGCUCAGCGGUUCUUGUUUUCAUGUUGGACACUAUAGUGAUCUCUACCUUUGAAAGUGACACAAAAAUGCCAAAUUUGAUCAUGUCAAUUCUCAUAGCAAUUGUGAUCACAAUCCUACUCCUCGCGGUUGUUCCGGUGUCUGGAGGCCACAUCAACCCCGUCAUCUCCUUCUCCGCCGCGCUAGUAGGAAUUAUAUCCAUGUCAAGAGCCAUCAUUUACAUGGUGGCACAAUGUCUUGGUGCUAUUUUAGGUGCACUAGCUCUAAAAGCAGUUGUUAGCUCUACUAUUGCACAAACUUUCUCACUUGGUGGUUGCACCAUCACAGUAAUUGCACCAGGCCCAAAUGGGCCCGUUAUAGUGGGCCUAGAGAUGGCCCAAGCCUUGUGGCUAGAGAUCUUUUGUACAUUUGUUUUUCUCUUUGCAUCAAUUUGGAUGGCUUAUGAUCAUCGACAAGCUAAGGCCCUUGGCCAUGUCACUGUCUUGUCCAUUGUUGGUCUAGUUUUAGGUCUUCUUGUGUUUAUCUCAACCACGGUCACCGCGAAAAAGGGCUAUGCCGGGGCGGGGAUGAACCCGGCGAGGUGUUUCGGUGCAGCUCUUGUUAGAGGAGGUCACCUUUGGGAUGGACAUUGGAUCUUUUGGGUUGGGCCUACUAUUGCUUGUCUAGCCUUCUAUGUGUACACAAAGAUUAUUCCACCAAAGCAUUUCCAUGCAGAAUAUGGAUACAAGCAUGAUUUUCUUGGAGUUGUCAAGGCUUUGUGUGGGUCGGACGCAUAAAGGCCCAGAUGCAAUAAUGGGCCUAUGGUGAUGUAUUUGGUUUGUUCCUUUAUGGGCCGAUAAUAAACUAAUGUGUAAUAGCCUAAUAAAGUACUAGUAAGUAAACAGAACAUCAGAUGAUAUUGUCCCCACCCACUCGAUGUAAUUUAAACCUAAACCUAUCAAUGUUUCAACAAGUUUCUCUCUUUCUCUUUCC